AUGACCUUCAAUAAGAAAUCGAAACUCUGUAUCGGUACAAGAAAAUCUUCUGAACAUUCGAAUCAAUCGGUUUCAUCUUUCGGUUUAUUGGCUACUGGAUUUUCUGAUAUUGCCCACUUUGUAAAUACAUAUAUCAUUAUUAAUGGUAACGCUGCUACCGAAAUUAAAUCAACGCUAACGUCAGAUAUUAUUGAACAACUUUAA